AUGGCGCCGUCGGUGGCAAGGAUGAGGGCUGCUGUUGCUGCGGCAGCGGCGGCACGUAUGACAGGAAGAGCUUGUGGUCGGGGUCGCUCACUCUCCUCUGCCAGUGCCGGUGACGCUAGCCGUGCGGAGUCCGAGGGUGGGGAGUCCGAGUCCGAAGAGGCUAACAAUCUGGUGAAGAAGGCAACCGCAGAUUCCAAGGAGCUGAAAUUGGUGUUGCUUGAGAAGGAUUUGGCUGAUCUCAAGUCUUCUUUUGAGUACCAAUCAAAGGUCAACUGGUGGGCGAUGGGAUUGGUUGAAACGCUGUUUGCGUCGCUCCCUGUAGCUCUGCAGACGGUAAAUAGUGUGGAUGAGAAACAGAAAAGGUUGGAGGAGAAGUACAAAGGCUUGAAGUCUCGACUUGUCCGAAUGGAGCACGCCAACAAGACUGACGAGAACGAGAAGAAGACCGAGGAGGCCGAGGAGAAGGAAGAGAAGGAAGAUGAGAAGACCGAGAAGGAAGAGAAGAGCUGGGGUAGUUGGAUUCUUUCUCCCUCCGUCCAAAGUUUAAUUGCACGUUUUCCUAAAUUACUCGACCACGUAGGCCUGAACCUGGCAGCGGCGUGCAGCAGUAGCCAGAACCAGCAGAGCACUGCAGCACUGGAUUUUUAUUAUUUUAUUUCCUCUUUCACGGAAGAGUCCAACGAUGAUGGUACUCCUCGAUUGCUAUCGUCCACUGGUUCAUCUCGUCCCCACGGGGCUUGUAUCCGGCGGAUCCGUGGAGGCAGCAAGAUUGGAAGUCCCACGGUGGGAGCCGCUGCCUUGUGA